AUGUCUGGAUUCUUCAUGAACACCUUCUCACGCGGAACCGUCACUUCGCGGUCGUCUUCAGUGCGAACCAGAACAUCGUUGUCGUUCACCGUAAUGAUCUCACCGGCAAUCCACUCCAAAUGCGAAUCUGGAAUCCAAACACCCGUUCCCUCACCAAAUAUACUGGUGCCACUUGAAACUAAAAUGUUAUAUUUUCAAAAUGAGAAAAGAAAAUGUUCUUUAUGUUCUAUCGUUUUGGCUGAAGGAAUAGAAAGUUACCGUUGCUCAGAAUGUAGUAAUCUAUUCCUUUGUAUGAAGUGUUACUCUUUUGAAGCAGAGUCAAAGAGUGUUCAUUAUGACAGUGCACCAAUGCCACAUCAUAUGACAAUCGUAUCAAAAUCAGAUUUUGAAUAUUAUCAAACAAUUAAAAGCGAUACAAUCUAUCAAAGUUUCGUUAAUGUAUUCAAUUGCUAUUCAGAUAGAAGAUGUAUCGGAAUGAAAUCAAAGAAUGAAGAUCAUCGUUCUAAUGGUUUCGAUUGGAUCACUUAUCAACAACUCUAUGAUAGAUCCGUUGCAUUGGGAUCUGCAAUAAAACCAUACAUUGAACAUGGAUCGAAAGUAGCAGUAAUCUUGAACAAUAUUCCUCAUUGGUAUUAUGUUGAUUUUGCAUGUCUAUUCUAUGGAUACACACUAGUACCUCUUAGUCAACAGAUAAAUGUUGAACAAUUAAUUGCAAUCUUAGAGAAUAGUGAACCAUCUCUAUUGAUCGUUUCAAAAGAAAUCUUUAAUAGAUUGUUCGAUGCGAUCAAAGACAACAAGCAGUUGAAAAUGAUUAUUCAUAUUGAAGAUGAAUAUGACCAAGAACAAAGAGAAACAUUAUCGCCAUCAAUAAAUUUCAAACUCUAUUCAGAGUUAAUUAAUGGUUCAACUAAUGAAAUUGAACAUUCUCCUUUAAAAGAUGGUAUAUUAACAAUUACUUAUACUUCAGGUUCAACAGGUCCACCAAAAGGAAUGGCAAGAAAAGAUGCAGAGUGUGUUUCCAAUAUUAUUAAUAGUAUAAGUCGUGAUGUUUCAAUACAAAUGGGUUACCUUUCAAUAUCAAAUUCACAGAGAACAUUGGAUCUAAAAACAAUGAUUGUUGGUGGAAGAAUUGGUAUUCAUACAUCUUUAGAGGUUGAAGAGUUUCUAAAAGAACUCGCUAUUUUUAGACCAACUGUAUUUUGGUGUAAUCCUGGAUUCUAUAAUUAUUUUAAUUUGAAAUAUCAAAAAAGAAAGAUUGAUAUUCAAGAGGAGAAUCCUCAACUAUCGGAUCAAGAAUGUGAUGAAUUAGCAAUCAAUGAAAUUGGAUCGAUUUUUGGUGAUAGAAUAAAGACAGUUGUCAGUGGAAGUUCAUUAUUACCAACGGAAACAUUCAAUUUUAUGAAGAAAUGUUGGGGUGAAGAUAAAGCAUUCAAUUUUUUCGGCACAACUGAGACUACUUUUAUUUCAAAGAAUGAUAUCAUAUAUCCAGAUGUUUCGUAUCAAAUCAUUCCGAUUCCGGGUGUUGGAGAAGACAAAUCAUAUCCAGUUGGUGAAUUGUUGGUUAAAUCACCAAGAACCAUCAAACAAUACUAUAAUAAUGAAGAAGCAACAAGAAAUUCAUUCAGAGAUGGUUGGUACGUAACUGGUGAUGUCGUUGAAGAAUAUGAACCUAGAAAGAUAAGAAUAAUUUCAAGAUUGAAAAACUUUUUCAAAUCAAUUCAUGGUAGAUUUAUUUAUCCAGAAACAAUUGAAAGUAAUUUCUAUCAAUCAACAAUGAUAAAAGAUAUCUUUAUUUAUGGUGAUCCAUUCCAUGCUCAUUUGGUUGCCAUUAUCAUUCCAUCAAUUGAUAUUAUAAAUAAAUAUAUCAAUGAGACUACACCACAUAUCAACAUUGAUGACUGUGAUGAUCUAAAAUCAGAUGUUUUCAAAGAAAUUCAAUUAAUUUCCAAACAAAAGAAUGUUGUACCAUGGGGUAUUCCUCAAUCAAUUUACUUGGACUCAAUUGAUUGGACAGUUGAAAACAAAUUUUUAACUUAUACAUUGAAAUACAAUAGAUCUUUCAUCGCCAACUACUAUAUCCAGCCAAUUGCUCAGAUGUUUGAUAAAUUGAAAUCAAAUCAAACAAUCUAUUUCUCAAGAAUAGUUAUUCGAUUUACUUUGAGUGAAGUUAUUGAAUUUGAGUUCAUUAAGAUGGUUAAUUAUACAGGUAUUUAUUUUUAUUACCAAUUCAAUUGGAAUAUAACUGCAACUGAUUGUGUUGAUAUCAAAGUCGAUGGAGUUUUGGAUUGUCUAGUAGAUGAAAAUGGAUUUCAAACGAUUACUAAAUUAAUAAUAGUAUAUCCUAUAACAGUGGAUCGUGGAGAACCACCGGCUAUUGACAAGUUGAUAUUCCCCAAUAUGCAAUGGUUCUCAUUAAUUGGUGCUCAACAUAAAAAUGCAAGCUAUUCUUUAUUUGGUUUGCUUGAUAACAUUGAAAAUGUCAAUUUAACUCAAAUAUCUGUUAACUCUAUAUAUUUGGUAUCUGUUCCGACAUUCCCUUCAAAACUUAAAUUGAAUACAUUAGUUCUCAGUAAUGUUCAAAUGUAUUCUGAUUUAAAUUUGAACCCAAUAUUUGCAGGAGUAAGCGCAACAUUAUCUUUAGAAAAUAUAGGAUUCUCUUUCAAUUUUAAAAUGCUGUCAGACUCAUCAACUAUGAAAACAAAAAGUUCAUUAGUCAAUAUAACGAUAAAAGAUAUUUCAAAUAGACCACAAAUUUUUUUUGAAUCAUCUUCUUUAAAUAUUUUAGAUAUUGAUAAUGCAAUGGUUGUACUUGGUGUGCUACCGAAAAUUAGAGAUUUUAAAGCAUCAAAUUGUGCAUUUUCAACUUCAGAUUUUUCAGUAUUCCCUUCUCUUACUAAGAUAAAUUUUAACAAUAUUUCCACACCAAUUGAAAAUGCUUCAGGUUUGGUCAAUGUGGUUAUUCAAAAUUCACCUGUUCCAAUUGUACCGCCAGAAUCUUGGUUUUCAAAUACGUUCACAUUAAAAUUAAACAAUACCAAUAGUGGAGGUAAAUUACAAGAGUUUAAAUCUUUUGAUAGUGUUUCGAUAUCAAUAUAUGGAACACAGAAUAUAAAAACGGAAUUAUAUGAUUCAUUUUGUAGAUUCAAUUUGGAUAUACCAUCAACCACUCUUGUUGGUAAUAUUGCAGAUUGUAUUUAUUGUUAUUGGUCUGAAAUCAAUUCAACAUUUCCACCAAACACACCAGUACCCCCAAUUAAUUAUAAAUGCAAUAUUUCAUUGGAUAGUUAUAAAUAUGUCAUUCCUAAAAGCAGGCUGUUACUUUUAAAUGGAACUAACUUGGGAUGGGGAUUAAAUAGAUCGCCAGCAACAUAUCCAGUCACCACAGAAUAUGGAACUACAAAUUUAACAUUUUCAACAAUUCAAAACUAUACUUUUCAAAUAUAUUGGGGAUUAGAAUUAAGUGUGUAUUUAAUUCAAUCAGAGAAUAUUAAUGAUAACAAUGUUUUAAUUAAAGCAUUUGGAAAAUUUAACUUGAAAGCACCACUUGCAAUCAAAGCCACCAGUUUUGGAAAUUCAAAUUGUCAAAUCACAUAUAACACGACAACUCAAUUGAAUUGUAUAAUUCCGAAUCAAAAUAGCACAAAUCCAAUUUUAAUUAAUCUUGAUGAUACUGUUACAACUAUUAAUUAUUAUAGUUCUUCAACUUUACUCAUAAGCGGUGUCCAUUUCAAGAUAAAUAAUCAAGAUGUCGAAAUUAGUGCAAACUUUGGACCGAAUCCAUACAAUGUAUCUGCAAUUAUAUCCAGCUUCCCUUGCCAACAAACAUUCUUAAAUUCUUCCGUAUUAUCAUGUAGAUUACCUUCAAGGUUGGUGGAAAAUGUUAAUUAUAGUUUGUUGGUUUAUGCCAAUGGAUAUAAUCAAACGAUACUUGUUUUCAUUAAACCAAAAGAAGAUUGUGGAUCACAAUCAAAUUGCAAUGGUCAUGGAAGUUGUUUCGAUGGAAAGUGUAGAUGUAACGAUGGUUAUGGUGGAUAUUAUUGUGAAUCACAACUAAGUCCAGGUGUAAUCAUUCUCCCAAACAACACGAUUCCUUCACCAACUGUCAUCGUUAAAGAUGGAAUGAAUUUCACAUUCAACAUCAUUGCAAUUCAAGAGAUAGAUGAGUUAAGUUCAGUGGUAAGAGAAUUGAAAACAAAUAAAUGGAUUCAUUCAACAACCGGAAAUGAAACAUUCAGCAUCACAACAUACAGUUUACAAUCAACAACACCAGAAGUCGAUCAAAUCAAUGCAACAAUCGAAUAUUCAAAGAACAGUAGAUUGAUUAACUUUGCAGGACAAUCAACAUUAUAUCCAGAGAAUAGUUUGAAAUUGAUGGUUACAAUCAAUAAUUGGUCAUAUAAAGAUCGAUUAAAUCGAUUGAGACUAUUAAUGGAAUCGAUAUCUUCAAUCAAUGAUAAUGAUGACGGUUGUUCAGAAUUGGAUAUUUCAGUUAACAAUGGAACAGAAGUGAAUUUCUUGCGAAUGACAAUCAACGAUGUAUCGUUUUAUGGUCGAUUCCUUCCAUAUGCACUGUCAGACGACAAACCAGUCUUCAUUCAAAAUCAAGUUGUUAAUCAAACUAAAGAUAGUGCAGAUUUAUAUCCACAAGAACUGAGUUCACUAAGAUGGUUAAUAACGCAGUAUCAAUUGAAUUGGAAUUUAGCUGCAACUGAUUGUGCUGGUAUCAGCAAUCCUGGAACACUUAAUUGUGGAGUUGAUCAAAGUGGAUUUCAAACAAUUAAUACAUUAACAAUAUCAACUUCUAUAGCGGUCGACCAUGGAGAACCACCAGUUAUUGACAAGUUGAUAUUCCCCAAUUUGCAAACGUUCUUGUUAAGUGGCGCUCAACAUAAAAAUGCAAGCUAUUCUUUAUUGGGUUUGCUUGAUAACAUUGAAAAUGUCAAUUUAAAUCUAAUGUCUGUUCAAUCUCUAAAUUUGGUAUCGGUUCCAACAUUCCCAUCAAAACUUAAAUUGAAUACAUUCACUAUGAGGAAUGUUACUAUGUACUCUGAUUUAAAUAUGGACCCAAUAUUUGCAGGAAUAAACACAUCAUUAGGGUUUCAAAAAAUAACAUUCACUUCCACUUUUAAAAUGCUGUCAGAUUUAUCAACUAUGACAAGAAAAAGUACAUUAACAAAUUUGUUUGAAACAAAUGGAAUGUUGAAUAUUACCAACUCUUAUUUUAGUGCAAUCGAUACUUUAACGAUAAAAGAUAUUUCAAAUACACCAGUAAUUUUAUUGGAAUCUUCAACUUUAUAUAAUAUAGAUAUUGAUAAUGCAAUGGUUGUACUUGGUAACCUACCGAUAAUUAGAAAUAUUAAAGCAAAAAAUUGUGCAUUUUCAACUUCAGAUUUUUCAGUAUUACCUUCUCUUUAUGAAGUAAAUUUUGAUAAUAUUUCCACACCAAUUGAAAAAGCUUCAGGUUUGGUCAUUGUAGUAAUUACAAAUUCACCUGUUCCAAUUGUACCAUCAGAAUCUUGGUUUUCAAAUUCAUCAUUCAUGUUAAAGUUAAAUAAUACCAAUAGUAGUGGUAAAUUACCAGAUUUUAAAUCAUAUGAAGAUGUUUCGAUAUCAAUAUAUGGAACACAGAAUAUAAAAACGGAAUUAUAUGAUUCAUUUUGUAGAUUCAAUUUGGAUAUACCAUCACCCACUCUUGUUGGUAAUAUUGCAGAUUGUUUUUAUUGUUAUUGGUCUGAAAUGAAAUCAAAACUUCCAUCAAACACACCAAAUCCUCCAAAUGAUUUUAAAUGCAAUAUUUCAUUGGAUAGUUAUAAAUAUGUCAUUCCUAAAGCCGGUAGAGUAUAA